AUGUUGAAAUCAAAUAAAUAGAAUAACUACAUGUUUGAAUAAAAUGUUGGCUUUAUUAAUUUAGUUGUGGAUACAUAUCUAAAUGGAAUCAAAUUACCAGGCUUUGCAUUUUCAAGAGGAGAUGCUGUAGCAAUCCUUCUUUUAGUCAAUAAGAAAAUGGUGCUUACAUAAUAAUUUAAAGUACCUGUUAGUAUAUUCACAAUAGAAGCACCUGCUAGGAUGAUGGAUGAAUAAGGUGAUUUUGGAUGAAUAAGGUGAUUUUGGAUGAAUAAGGUGAUUUUGGUGGAGUAGCUGCAAAAGAGAUCAAAAAAGAAAAGGAAUCUAAAUUUAAUAUAAUGAAAUGCUUUUUUUAUAAGAUAUUUUAGUAUCUCCAAGAGGAAAUGAUGAAGUUAUUCAUUUAUUUGAUGAUGAAAAAGUAUGGAAUAAAAAUAAUUAGAUGA